GGUCCCUGCGCUGACUGGGACCCAGGCAGCAGGCAGCAGGCAGCAGGACGCCAUCCUCCGGUGAGCUGCUGCUCUCGUCUCUCUGUGCUCCGGCAGCAGUUGCUCUGGCCGGCCAGGCUGUGCGCAGCUGGGAGGACGCGGCGCGGACUGCGGCUCAUCCCGGAGGGGGCGCAGGAACGGCAGCGGGAGGAAGGGGAGGUGGAGGCUGGGCUUUUUCACACCUACCGUCCCGCUGCGUGACCGCAGGAGCUGCGAGCUGCGAGGGAGGGGAUCCUGCCUCCAUCCCGCAGCUCUGCGUCAAAGGUUUCUAAACCCGGCUGAAACCAGACCUGCGACGGUCCAUGAGAACCUUCAGCUGUGACGGCCACAUGUUCUGCUCGCCUCCUCAGAGCGACGGUGCCGCCUGGUGACGGACGAGCUCUUCCUCAUCUCCUCGUCUUCAUCCUCCUGCAGCUCACUGACCGGCCUUUCAGCAUGAGACCUUCCCUCGCCACCGCCGUCCUGCCGCCCAGGACCCGCUCCCACAACCCCCCCAACCUGCCGGUCGGGGGGCGGGAACACCUGUCGGCGCCCCGCCGGCGCAGCCCUCACCUGCGCCACACCCUCAGCCCGGAAAACCUGCGGACGCUGGCGGAGAGGGGCGGGGCGGCGGUGGACGCGGCGUCCGUGGUGGGGGGGCCCAUCGGGCUGAUGCGGGCCAACAGCGACACCGACCUGGUGACCUCCCAGAGCCGGUCCUCGCUGACGGCGUCCACGCUGGAGUACACGCUGAACCGGGGCCACAACCUGGUCAUCUCCUGGGACAUCAAGGAGGAGGUGGACGCCACCGACUGGAUCGGGCUGUACCACAUCGAUGAGACCAGCCCGUCCAACGUGUGGGACUGUAAGAACAGAGGCGUUAACGGCACCCAGAAGGGCCAGAUUGUCUGGAGACUAGAGCCUGGGCCUUACUUUAUGGAGCCUGAGACCAAGAUCUGCUUUAAGUACUACCAUGGAGUGAGUGGAGCUCUGAGGGCGACCACCCCCUGCAUCACUGUGAAGAACCCAGCAGUCCUGGUGGAGGGUCUGGCGGAGCAGGUGGGCGUUGAACAUCCACGGAAACUCAUCAGCUUCACUUUAACCGAUCUGCGGGCCACCGGCUUGAAGAAAGGCAUGUUCUUCAACCCUGACCCGUAUCUGAAGAUGUCCAUCCAUCCUGGGAAGAGGAACAUCUUCCCGGUCUUCAGCCAUCACGGACAGGAACGCCGAUCGGCCAUCAUCGCCAACACCACCAACCCCGUCUGGCAUGGAGAGAAAUACACGUUUGUGGCGUUGAUGACGGACAUCCUCUACAUCGAGGUGAAAGACAAGUUCGCCAAAAGUCGUCCAAUCAUCAAGCGUUUCCUCGGUCAGCUGGCGAUCCCUGUGCAGCGGCUCAUUGAAAAGAUCCCAGGAGUCCAGCCGGUCAGCUUCCAGCUGUGCCGGCGCUUACCCACCGAACACGUCAGCGGGCAGCUUCAGUUUAAGGUGGAGCUGACCUCCACGGGGCCUGAUGGUGCCUCUCCAGAUUCAAUCAUCGGCAUCUCCUCGCUGAACGGAGCUCCAGGGACUCCCUCCGACGACGAGGACUUGCCCCACCCUCUUCCAGGUGUGGUCUCUGCGGGCCCCUCUCCAACCGCCUACCAGGGACCCCAAAGCAUGUGGGAAGGCGGAGCCACAGCCUCACCGGAGAAAGACUUGCCUGUGGUGCGAUCGGCCAGAUUUGUAGAAUCUGUGGUGGUUUCUGAGCAGUCCAUCCUUCAGAGGUCCCUCAGCGAGGGCCUGGACGCCAUCGAGGCCCCUAAAGGUCCCGGUGAGAGACCUCUGGGUGCCGCCUCGCCGAGACUUUGCUCCAGCUUCCCGACUCACCAUAGACUGAGUGACAUUUUACACAUCGACUCAGACGAGGACGAGGAGAGGUCUGGUAUGAACGACCUGCCGCCGAUGCCUCCGUCGCCGCUGCUGAUGAACGGAGAACCUCCUGAUGUUAGCGGCCCAGAAGAAGACGACUUGUUUCUGGAGCUCAGGCAGGAACGGCCAGAAGCUGCGGUUCAGGAGCAGGAGUCCGCAGGCGAAGGCAUGGAGGAGGGGCCUCCGGGCGUGGAGCCAGAUCUGGACAUGGACGAUGUUCUGGAACCAGAAGUUUUCCUGGAGGUGGGCGAGGAGGUUCUUCUCGCUGAGAAUAUUACCCAUGGUGCUUUGCAAGAGGGUGGAGAGGUUCCAGAACCAGACGCGGCAGCAGGCGACGAUCCCACAUCAGAGAUGGACUCCUGCUCCAUGGCGACGGCUCCUCAGACCGUUUUCUCAUCAUCAGAGAGCGGUCCGACCACAAUGGCCACGGCGGUGGAGGCAGAGGAAGGAGCAGCGACCGCCAUCGACCCGGGGGGAGACGUGGAGCCAGGCCCCCCGCCGGCCGCCGGACCUGGGAACGAGGAGGAGGAGGAGGAGGAUGGUGGAGCUGAAGCCACUGAGGCCGAAGGAGGACCUGCAGCUCCCAGCGAGGCGGAGGAGGAGGUGGAGGAGACCGGUGUGAGGAGGCUGAGCCUGCAGGCGACGGGCGGUGCUGAUGAGGAACAGGAAGGGCAGAAGACGCUGGAGGAGGCGGUGGAUGUGGAGCGCGUUACAACGGAAACAGAGAGGGAGGAAGACGCUCCCGUUAACGGGCAUCCCGUACGGUCACUGCCGUCGGUGCGUCACGACAUCCAUCGGUACCAGCGAGUGGACGAGCCGCUGCCUCCCAACUGGGAGGCUCGCAUCGACAGCCACGGGAGGAUCUUCUUCGUGGACCACGUGAACAGGACCACCACGUGGCAGCGUCCCACCGGCCCCCCCGCCCCGCAGGGCCUGACCCGCUCCAACUCCAUUCAGCAGAUGGAGCAGCUCAACCGCAGAUAUCAGAGCAUCAGGAGGACGAUAACCAACAGCGAUCGAUCAGAGGAAACCUCCGCUGACCUCCUCCCUGAGCCAGAAGGUGAACUGAUGCCUCACUCCAUUUCUGAGUACCGCAGAGAAAGCGCCGUGGCUCACUCCAGCGGCCGCUCACGCCUCUCCCUGCUGCUGCAGUCGCCCAGCGCCAAGUUCCUGUGCAGCCCUGACUUCUUCACCGUGCUGCAUUCAAACCCUAGUGCCUAUCGCAUGUUUACGAGCAACACCUGCCUGAAGCACAUGAUCAGCAAGGUGCGCCGCGACGCUCAUUACUUUGAGCGCUACCAGCACAACCGAGACCUCGUCACCUUCCUCAACAUGUUCGCCAACAAGCAGCUGGAGCUCCCCCGGGGCUGGGAGAUGAAGCACGACCACACUGGGAAGAGCUCCCGAUCCACCGGGCUUCUGGCCCACCGCCAACACCUGAGCCGCCAGCGAAGCCACAGCGCCGGAGAGUGCCUUCUUUUGUCUCAGGUGGUGGACGACUCGCGGCAGAGCGGCCUGCCCGCCAUGCCGCGCCCCUCCAGCACCUUCAGCGGCUCCAGCCGCAGCCCCUACCACGACGUGGUGCCUGUGGCCUACAAUGACAAGAUAGUGGCGUUCCUACGGCAGCCCAACAUCUUUGACAUCCUGCAGGAGCGGCAGCCUGAGUUGGCCAGGAAUCACUCCCUGAAGGAGAAGGUGCAGUUCAUCCGCAGCGAGGGCGUCAACGGACUGGCCCGUCUCUCCAGUGACGCCGACCUGGUCAUGCUGCUCAGCCUGUUUGAGGAGGAAGUGAUGUCAUACGUGCCGCCGCUGCUCCAUCCCGGUUACAGCCUGUCCUCUCCUCAGAGCUCCCCUGGCACGCCUCGAGCAAACGCUCGCGCUCCAGCUCCAUAUAAGAGAGACUUUGAAGCUAAACUGAGGAACUUCUACCGGAAGCUGGAGACCAAGGGUUAUGGUCAGGGACCGGGGAAAGUCAAGCUCAUCAUACGCAGAGACCACCUGCUGGAGGACGCCUUCAACCAGAUCAUGUGCUACUCCCGCAAAGACCUGCAGAGGAGCAAGCUCUACGUCAGCUUUGUAGGCGAGGACGGGCUGGACUACAGUGGACCCUCCAGAGAGUUUUUCUUCCUGGUGUCCAGAGAGCUCUUCAACCCGUACUACGGCUUGUUUGAGUACUCGGCCAACGACACGUACACGGUGCAGAUCAGCCCCAUGUCUGCCUUCGUAGACAACCACCAUGAAUGGUUCCGGUUCAGCGGGCGGAUACUGGGGCUGGCCCUCGUUCAUCAGUACCUGCUGGACGCGUUCUUUACUCGUCCGUUUUACAAGGGUCUUCUUCGCAUCCCAUGUGACUUAAGUGACCUGGAGUUCCUGGAUGAGGAGUUCCACCAGAGCCUGCAGUGGAUGAAGGACAACGACAUCGAGGACAUGCUGGACCUCACCUUCACCGUCAACGAGGAGGUCUUUGGACAGAUCACGGAGCGAGAGCUGAAGCCGGGCGGGGCGGGCAUCCCCGUGUCUGAGAAGAACAAGAAGGAGUACAUCGAGCGAAUGGUGAAGUGGCGUAUCGAGAGAGGCGUCGCUCAGCAGACUGAGAGCCUGGUCCGAGGCUUUUAUGAGGUGGUGGAUGUGCGGCUGGUGUCGGUGUUUGAUGCCCGGGAGCUGGAGCUGGUCAUUGCAGGGACGGCAGAGAUCGACCUGGCCGACUGGAGGAACAACACGGAGUACAGAGGAGGUUACCAUGACGGCCACAUAGUGGUCCGCUGGUUCUGGGCCGCAGUGGAGAGAUUCAACAACGAGCAGAGGCUGCGGCUGCUGCAGUUUGUGACAGGCACCUCCAGCAUUCCUUACGAAGGUUUCGCUUCUUUGCGAGGAAGCAACGGACCUCGCAGAUUCUGCGUGGAAAAGUGGGGAAAGAUCACGUCCUUACCCCGCGCUCACACCUGCUUCAACCGGCUGGACCUCCCGCCUUACCCCUCAUUCUCCAUGCUCUACGAGAAGCUGGUGACGGCUGUGGAGGAAACGAGCACCUUUGGCUUGGAGUAACAUCGGCUCCAGAGGAGAGAAGUAUCCAGAAAAGGGAUUUUCUCAGUGAAGAGAAGCAGAAACAACAAUCCUCAACAGACGGUGGAUAAAACCCCGCUGCGUUCCUUUUUCCAGCUUCUUCAUCUCUCAGCACGCCGAUCUCGCUCUGAUUCUCAGCCUUUCUCACAUUUUGAUGAGACUUUGAGAAAAGCCAACAGAGAAUCUGAAGAACCUUGGAGAGGUUGUAGAGUUUCUCGUUUUCAUGUGAACCUGUUCUCACUGAGCCACACGUGUGCUUUAUCUCAUCCAGCCUUCACCUCACAGACGGCUGCUGAAAAACAACCUUUUCCCCUCCUGGACCUUCAAACUGUGUUCGUCCUGCUCCGGAGCCAAGGAGGUGUCGACUGCACUCACACGCCCUUCACCUCGUUGCACAAACUGGACGUUUGGCCCCAGAUUCCCCGUCAGGCUGGAAAGAUGGAGGCCGUUUUAAACGUGGGACCUUUCCACGCCUUUCUGAUGACAGCCACUUCCCCUCUAGUGUGAAACCGAACUUCCUUCUAGCAGAUUUGAUGCGUUCCCGUUCAGAGAAGGUGUUGAACGAACGAGUCCAGAUUCCCUCGGUUCUGAACACCAGAAGGUGUCCGGUUUGAGCUGCUUCUGUGUCAGUCAGUCAGAACAUCUUUAUUUCUAAGGUUUUUAUGUUUUAAACAACAACAAAAAGUAACUAUCUGGUCAGAGUAUCCCCUCUCAGCGUUGCUUCUGGUGAUUUGGCUUUGCAGACAUUUCUGCACAGCUUCACAUACAGAUCUGCUGCUGCGUUUGGCAUCAAAGUUCUGUUGAUGACCCGGUUUGGACCAGGCUACAGGUGUUGCACAGCUGGACCACAUUUUGCUCCACAGAGGAGACCAUGGUCCAGUCAAUGCCCUGCAGGCCCAGAGCAGCAAACCGACCCGACUGCUGCUCCUAUGGCGGUUCUGGUCCUGAUCACUGAAUUAAUGCAUUUAAUCUGCACUGAUGACAGUGUAGCUUUAAUGCACUGAUUCUGGACGCCAGCUGCUGUUAAACACAAAAAUAUGUGGCGUGUGGUUUGCAGUUCAGUUUUAAGAUCCGAAGGUUUUUUAUGAAGCUUCCCCUGAUGGGAGCCACCCUGAACACUAGAGGGCGCACUUUGUUUCUGUGUGCAGGGAGGCAGCUGUUGUUCCUGUGCCUCUGAGCUUUUUGGUUUUCUGAUCAGGAGUCCAACGCCUAACAGAGACAUUAGCGAGGAUUCAGUCGAGGACAGCUGUCCUAAUUAAUUAAUUAAUUAAAUUAAUUAAAGCGCUGGUCUCAGAGAAGACGGCGGUCUGGUUUUAACACACAAACACAUAUCUGCUCAUUUUCAGCCAGGGUGCAUGUUAGCUCACACCUCCUCUGUACAGACGCUGAGGUAGGCUCAGGAUGCAGAGACCCCCCCCCCCCCCCAGGCCUCCCAGCCCAAUGCAUGCACGGGGCCAGCGGUCUGUCCGGUCAGCGGCUCCGUGAGCUCCGCCUGGCAGAAAGCCCCAGGUGGCGUUGUGUUAUAGCUCGAUAUUGCAUGCUGAAAUAGUGCAACACACCGUUCCUACUAGCUUUUGUGCAUGAGGAUACUUGCUAUUCAUUCAGACGUGUGGGUGAGGGAGCUGGUGAAGACGGGUGGCGCUGCAGGAGUGGACAGGAACUGUGGCUCUGUGGGCGGCAUGUUUCUGAAACGGCCCACAUGUGCGUCUCCGUCUAUCUUAGUAACGGGCUGGUUGGUUCUGGCUGAGCUCAGAACCACGCGUGCGGUCCUGAUCGUCUCUUUGUAUAUAAACGUACGUGUCUGUCUGUCUGUCUGUCCUGUUGUGUGUAAAAAAAAAAUCUAUGUUUUGCACCGAUUGUACCAAAGGUUUGGGGCUUGCGAAGUGGACCAUGAGGCGGGUUCUGUGUUUGGGUCCAACACAUCACACCUCCGGCUCCGGCCGGGUUCUUACAGAUCCAUGUCUGGGUGAACUUUGUGCAUGAGAAGCUUCACGUCUUUCACCGCAGUGCUGAGGAAUGGCAGGACUCACAGGUAGCUGCACCGCUCAUCUCUGCUCGGACAUUUCCAACUGGACCCGGAUCCACUUUUCAGAACUCCACUCUAUGCAAGGCUCCUGUAUGUUUGUCUCCAUUUCACUUCAAUGAUUGUAAUAAAAGACAACCAACGGAAAACUUUGAUAAAUGA